AUGGCCCGAAAUUCUGCUUCUACACUUGAUCCAGCAACCACAUUUUGCUUUUUACUCCUCUAUGUAUUGGAGAAUCUUGUCCACACCUGGAAAAGUAGACAAGUGGACAUAACCAGUGGACAAGUAGAAAUUUCAAACAGAGGGCUGAAGAGGAUUCAGGAAAAGACUGUAGGCAACUCAAGGAAGGAUUGGGCCAAGAAACUGGAUGAUGCACUUUGGGCAUACAGGACAGCUUUCAAAACACCAAUAGGUAUGUCACCAUUCCAAUUGGUGUACGGUAAGUCUUGCCAUCUUCUUGUAGAGUUAGAACAUAAGGCUUUGUGGGCUGUUAAAUUCUUCAAUUUUGAACCAUCAAAGGCUAAUGAUAAAAGAUUACUGCAACUAAAUAAGCUUGUUGAGUUCAGGUUAGCAGCAUAUGAAAAUUCCAGGAUUUAUAAAGAGAAAACAAAGAAGUGGCAUGACAAGAAGAUCCAACCGAAAGAGUUUGAGCCAGGACAACAGGUAUUACUAUACGACUCUCGACUGAGGUUGUUUCCAGGUAAGCUCAAAUCUUAUUGGUCUGGUCCCUUUAUUGUUAAGAUAGUGUUUCCAUAUGGUACUAUUGAAAUCUCACCUCUCAAUGCUAAAAGACCUUUUAAAUUCAAUGGGUGUAGAUUGAAAUUAUAUCAUGGAGAACAAGUAAGUAGGGACACAGUUUCAGUCCCUUUGGCUUCACCUGAAGCUUAA